CACCAAUACGUGAAGUUUCUCUUGUCUUCAUCUCAAGAGUUCAAACUAAAGGUCUGUUCCUGUUGUCUGCUCUACUCUAAAUGAGCGCAAUAGGUCUCCAAACAUCUGGCAAAGACUCCAGAUGUGAGAAAGAUCCCAUGGCUGGACGUUAUGGCGUGAUGGGAGAUGACGGCUCCAUUGACUACACUGUCCACGAAGCCUGGAAUGAAGCCACCAAUGUGUACUUGGUGGUGAUCCUUGUUAGCUUUGGCCUCUUCGUGUAUGCCAAGAGGAAUAAAAGGAAAAUUAUGAGAAUAUUUAGUGUGCCACCUUCAGAAGAAACCUUGUCAGAACCCAAUUUUUAUGACACAAUGAGCAAAAUUCGCUUAAGACAACAAGUGGAAAUGCAUUCUGUUUCAAGAAAGUAUGAGUAUCAACAGCCGCAAAGCCAAGCCGACAGUGUGCAGCUUUCGCUGGAAUAACACUUGAGACUGAGCAACGCAAGUGAUGGAGAUGCAGUGUGGCAACACGUGGCAACUCGGUCCUGCGCCCCUCUCCUCAAUCAGGACCGGCAUUCAGAACCCUGUCAGAUAACGUCAUCCCACCUCACCCCCACCUCCAUCCCAUAAUCCCUGCCUCUUGUUGCUUCUAGGACUUGCUUCAUAAGCACAAAAACAUUUAGAAGGAAGAUGCCUUGUGACUAGGGAUGAGGGCUUUCCCUUUUGAGGAUGUUUGAUGUCUUCAGGACACAGCAGAAAAUACAAACGUGUCUUCAGAAACAGGAAUCCUGGAGUUAAUGUCACUUUGAUUAGAAUAUUUUUUACAGAGUUAAAACAUGAAAUUCUAGCUCUUGAGGGGGUUUGCUCUUAGGCUGUGGCCUGUGAUGAUGAGUUGAACAUCAGCAACAGACCAAUGUAUGUUGCUGUCGCUAUGGUGACUGGCUCUGAGUCGGGGAUCUUUGCUUCCCGACUGGUAGGACACACCACUGAACUUGUAGUGGCUUCUCCAUCACAAAGCACGUCCCAUCUGCUGGUCGGGAUGCUUUCUGGAGCUGGAUUUGCCUCCCUUUGACUGUACUCCCCACACUUGUUAUUUUGUUUCUGAUCCCAUGUUUUCCUUGCCUCCAUAGGGCUCCUUGAGGCCGUUAGACAAAGAGACAUCUGUCUUGCUGUUGGCACUUCCUUCCCCAUGUUUCUGUCACGGUUGAAAGUUACUGUCUGGUGUCUUCAGCUUUGUAAAGCUUGGUUGAACACGCA